AUGUCAACAGACAUUUUAGAACUGUUAAACUCACCAGAAAUGACAAAAGUUUGCGCUCCAAUGGUGCGAUACAGCAAAUUAGCUUUUCGGACACUAGUGAGACGUUACAAUUGCGAUGUCUGUUUUACACCCAUGAUCGUGGCUGAUUCCUUUGUGAAGGCCAAAGAAGCACGUGAUAAUGAAUUUUCAACAAAUGUUGGAGAUAAACCUUUGAUUGUUCAAUUUGCAGCUAAAAAUCCAGACGAAUUUGCUGAUGCUGCUGAAUUAGUUGCUCCAUACUGCAAUGGAGUGGAUUUAAACUGUGGAUGUCCUCAGAGCUGGGUAAUGAGCGACGGUUACGGCGCGCGUCUACUAGAAAACCCACAACUUGUAAAAGACCUAGUUCUGCAAGUGCGAAACCGCAUCCCGGCUCCUUUUACAGUUUCGGUAAAAAUUCGGCUGCUGAAUGACGUAAAAAAGAGCGUGAACUUUUGCAGAACAAUGGAACAAGCUGGAGUGUCAUUCCUGACAGUCCACGCGCGGACUCCGCAGAUGAGAAAGGAACCUAUCAACAUGGAAGGUCUGAAACUGAUCCGCGAUUGCGUUGACGUUCCUCUGAUAGCCAACGGCAACGUUAGAUCUCUAGAAGACGCCGAAGCGCUCCACAAAGAGUCCAAGUGCCAAGGAGUCAUGGUAGCUAGCGCGAUGCUGAAAAACCCAGCAAUUUUCUCCGGAGCUCCGGUGACUCCUCUCAGCUGCGUUCAAGACUGGCUUGAUAUUUCUUCAGCGAUCCCGACAAAGUUCCUCGUCAUGUAUCAGCAUCUCGUAUUCAUGCUGGAGAAAAUCUUGCCCUACGAAGAGCGGCUGGUGUUCAAUGUCCUCAAAGACUCUCAAUCUGUCUACGACUUCAUUGAGUCUUACUAUAAUUUAAAGCCUAGAGCUCGCUCGGACUUGGAUUUUAUCAAGCCCAUUGAUUGUGAUUAUUAUGUCAAGAAUUUUGAUAAAAAGCGCAAGUCUCUGGAUGUUCUGAUGGAUGAUCCAGAUACUAAUGAAUCAUUUUUUUCUGGGUUUUUUAAUUGA